AUGCUCUUAUUGGAUAAUGCUCUCUCACAUCCAGAAGAACGUACAUUACAAACGGCUAAUGGUCAAAUUUUUGUGCAGUGUUCGCCUCCAAAUGUUACGGCUUUAUUACAGCCGAUGGAUCAAGGGAAAUGGAACAUCAAAGAUGCCAUAUAUGCGGCAGCAGAGAGUUGGGGUGAUGUUCCAAAUGUAACAAUACAAAAAUCUUGGUUCAAAGUUUGGCCACAACUUACAGAAAAUUUCAGUUCCUCCAAAAAUGAAGAAUCUACUGUAGUGACGUCUAGGCAACUCUUGAAUGGCAUACAAAAUGUUGUAGAAUUUGAAUUUGUAGACAUAACCGACAUUGAGGAAUUGUUACACUGCGAUAAAAACGAACCGGGUUAUGAAGUUUUAAAUGACACACAGAUUGCAACAAUUUCGGAACCUACAGCAACGGAUGCCACCGAUGAGGAGGAUGAAGACGAAAACGUUUCUACACCUGAAAAAAAAGUUCCACCAGAAGCUGCACUCUCACAUGUAGACGGGCCAUUAAGUUUUUUAGAUCAACAAAAUGAUACAGAUCACAUAGAUGUUUUGAACUUGCGGAAAAUUCGUUCCAACAUAUGUUUAAAACUUUACAAUAAGAAGAAACAGCUCCAAAUAACUGAUUUCUUUAACCAAUAA